AUGCUAUUGGCCUGUGUGCCAGCUAUUAUUGCUACUUUCGUCGAAGUCAUAGGAAAAGCGUCCAGCGUCGAUACGAUUCAAAGCUCGACACUCAACGUCGAGGCAUGCUUUAGAGCAGACACUGGUUACCACAGUUGUUUGGUCUUCGAUUUUGAUUCACCAAUUAGCAAAAGAGCCUGCUCUAGCCAUGGAAAAGUUGAUUACCAAGUCAAAUUUGUAAGCAGAUUAUCUGAUAUGCAAACUUCCAUUGAUUCCGAUCCUAUUUGUGAAGAACCUGAAGCAAAUGUGAAUAAAUGUCAAUGGAGAAUUCCUAAUCAUGGAUUUGACAUGCGACGUAGUUUAUGA